CGGCGGGGCCGGGAAGCGGCGCUGACUGACAGCCCCUGCGCGCAGCCCGCUCCCCGGGGAAGCGGGGUCUCUGGGGCUUCGUCGGGCACGCACACGCUCGCUUCGCCAGAGCCCGCCUGUGUCCGUCCCUAGCGAUCCGCGCAACUUUCCCUUGCAGACGAAGUAAUCCCCGUGGGUAACCAGCGCCUCCUUCCACGGGGCCGCCGGUCCCGCAGGGCGGCGGGGCGGGCGGCUGCCCUGUCUGCUCCCCUUGCCCUCGGUCUGCUCAGGUCCUGUCCCUGACUGCCAGUGAAGUCGCUCGGCCGCCAUACGCGAGCCUGCGUGAGGCUCUCCCCGCCUGCGGCGAGACACCGGCAAGCCCCGGGCCUCGCCGCCCUGCCCGGGCGGGGGGCGGGCUGGGUGACGCCGAUUCCUUCGGUUUCAGCGCCGGGCCCGGGAGAGGCGCCCGCUUUGUCGUCUGCCGCCAGCGGGUGCUCGCUCCCCUCCUCCCGACCCGAAAUGAGCUGCCGAAACUGGGAGAUGCCGGGCAGACGCUGAGGUCCUGCGUUAUCCGUCCGUGUCCGCUGGUCAAAGGAAUAUACAGUCAGACUUUGCAUGGCAUGAGGCAGAAACAGGAUUUUCUAGCAGGGCCAUUUUCAUUGAAUGGCUGGAGGAAAAGCUAGAAAAGACCUUGAGAAGUCAGAGUUCCUCUGUUCUACCUCCAUGGCCCAUGGCAGGCUCUCAUAACCCUGAACUGCUCUCAAGCAUGCUGGCAGAUGAUCCUAAAAAUCUACAGGGAUAGAGACUGCUAUAUCUCCCAAAGUUGCCUACUCGUGAUGAUUCCACCAUCUGCAACAACUCCUGUCAGCGAUGCUGCACUCUUGCCAAGUGUGGCUUCUCAGGAAAUCUGGAGGUCGCAAGUUCCAGGCUAUUCUGGAUCAGUCGCACAGCAUAUAAGUCACCGGGCCAACAACUUCAAGAGACAUCCAAAAAGGAGGAAAUACAUUCGCCCUUCUCCGCCGCCUCCGCCAAAUACUCCGUGUCCUAUUGAUCUGAUUGACUUUGGGGAUCUACAGCCUCAGAGGUCUUUCCUAGAACUCCUAUUUAAUGGAUGCAUUCUCUUUGGGCUUGAGUUCAGCUAUGCCAUGGAAACAGCCUAUGUUACACCUGUGCUGCUUCAGAUGGGUCUGCCAGACCAACUGUAUGGAAUGGUGUGGUUCAUCAGCCCUAUACUAGGGUUCUUGCUACAGCCUUUGCUGGGGGCCUGGAGUGACAGAUGCACAUCAAGAUUCGGGAGGAGAAGGCCAUUCAUUCUGGUCUUAGCAUUAGGUGCGUUGCUUGGGCUCUCACUUAUGCUGAACGGCAGAGAUAUUGGGAACGCCUUGUCUGACACUGUGAAUAACCACAAAUGGGGGAUCAUCCUUACAGUCUGUGGUGUUGUCCUCAUGGACUUCAGUGCAGAUUCAGCAGACAAUCCUAGUCAUGCCUACAUGAUGGAUGUAUGUGGCCCAAUGGAUCAAGACAGGGGCCUCAACAUCCAUGCUUUGUUAGCAGGUCUUGGAGGUGGCUUUGGUUAUGUUGUUGGAGGAAUACAUUGGGAUAAAACCAGUUUUGGAAAAGCUGUGGGAGGGCAACUGCGUGUCAUCUAUGUCUUCACCUCAAUUAUACUGACCAUCACUACUAUGCUGACUCUACUUAGUAUUCCAGAAAGACCCCUAGGGUCCUUCAGCAGGAAGAAAAAGGUGAUGAAGAGUCCAAGUCUUCCUCUCCCUCCUUCUCCACCUCUCUUCUUUGAGGAGGCUGUAAAUGAAAACUUUGCUUCUCAUAACUCGGCUCACUUAUAUGCAAGUUUUACAAGUCCUGUUUCCCCUCUCAGCCCACUCACACCCAAAUAUGGCAGUUUUGUCAGCAGAGACAGUUCCUUGACAGGAAUUAAUGAAUUUUCAUCGUCAUUUGGGACUUCAAAUAUUGACAAUGUGCUUAUAGACUGUUUUACAGGUGGGCACAAUAGUUACUUAGCACUUCCAGCUAGCUUGCCCAGACAUCCUGUCAGUGUCAGCUUUCCUCAGGUACCAGAUGGCCGUUACCAAGAAGAAAAUGGAAUUCUGGAGCAAGGGGAGAGCAGCAUAACUAUGGGGCCUGACGGCGAGGCACUAACAGUGGGCUCCCUGGAUGCAAUAAAGCCACGGUCAUCAGGUAUCCUGAAAAGACCUCAGACCUUGGCCAUUCCAGAUAUUGUAACGGGACGUUGUCCAGAAAAUAGCAGAAGAAGAAAUGUAACUUUCAGCCAACAGGUUGCCAAUAUCUUGCUGGAUGGUGUUAAAUAUGAGAGUGAGCUGAAUGGAUCGAGUGAGACCUCUGAGCAACCGCUCUCCAUCAGACUUCUUUGUUCAACCAUCUGCCACAUGCCCAAGGCUCUUCGUAACCUCUGCAUCAACCACUUCCUAGGAUGGCUUUCAUUUGAGGGGAUGUUGCUCUUCUAUACUGACUUCAUGGGAGAAGUAGUGUUUCAAGGGAAUCCAAAAGCACCUCACAACUCAGAUGAGUAUCAGAAGUACAACGCUGGGGUCACCAUGGGCUGCUGGGGAAUGUGCAUCUAUGCAUUCAGUGCUGCUUUCUAUUCAGCUGCGCUGGAAAAGCUAGAGGAGCGGUUCAGCACACGGACACUGUACUUCAUUGCGUACUUGGCCUUUGGGCUGGGUACAGGGCUGUCCACGCUGUCCAGAAACAUCUAUGUGGUGCUGUCACUGUGCGCUACCUAUGGUGUCCUCUUCGCCACUCUCUGCACGCUGCCCUACUCCCUACUUUGCGACUACUACCAGAGCUGUGAGUUCACAGGCUUGAAGGCAGAGGGCAUGCGGCGUGGGAUGGGUGUCGACAUCUCCCUGCUGAGCUGCCAGUACUUCUUGGCACAGAUCCUGGUGGCCCUGGCCAUGGGGCCACUAACGGCAGCUGUGGGCAGUGCCAGCGGUGCCAUGUACUUCGCCAGCCUGGUGUCCUUCCUGGGCUGCCUCUUCUCCUCCCUUUGCGUCAGCUAUGAGCCGAUACCACCUGCUGAGGAGCUGCCACCUACCGAGAAAUGACUGGGAGGUCACUGUUGAACUGUGAGCUGCAAUGUGAUGUUUACCUUUUGGAAUCCAGACACUUCAAAUAUUCUGUCUAAAUCUGCGAGCUGCUGUUUAGAAGAUGUAUGAGUUUAGGCAGAAACGUGAUUUUAUUCUGUGGCAUAGUUUAGUCUCUUCAGCAGUACCUAAAGGCUAAUUUUGAUUAAGUCAUUAUCAUUAAAGGUUCCUUGAGGCAAUUAUCUAUGGGUGUUCAUAAAUGUAUUUACAGGACAUGUACAGAGGUAGGGUAAAUGGAAAGAGGGAAGGAGAAAGUACCUAGUUAAUGCUCUCAUGGGGAGAGGAAGGGAGAGAGAAAAGUACAUAAGGAAUUGUGUCAUAUUUGUAAUUAAGAUAGUUAUAAACAUUUCAGCAUGUAUGCAGUUCACUCAACUUGCGCUGUAUCUCAAAAAGAGAACCUAACGAUUUCAGAACUUUUGCUGGAUCUUUGGAGAAAAACAUUUUUUCAAGGAAAAAAAAUAGCCUGACUGUAAAAAUAAUCAACCAAUAGCUCCACCCCCCCAAGCAACAAUAAAAUAAUGAUUAAAAAAAAAAAAACACCCCAAAACCUCUGUUGGGAACAAUUUGAAAAGAGUAGUUUUAAACAUUUCAUUUUCUACUAACAAGUAAUGAGUUAUCUUGUACUCUAUAGGAUGUGUGCUUUUUUACGGGGAGUGGGGUGGAGGCGAGUGCCUUGCCUUUGGGUAUGAGGCAGCUUUCUUAAUUUAUCCUUUCCCUCAGAUUGGAAGAUAGCCCUCGAGACUAUUCAGAUGCCAUUACCGUAACAUCAGCCAAUGGACUGCAUAAGUUACAAUAAGUCUUGAGAAUUGUACAAUCACUAGAGGCGAAAAGCCAAGGGAGAGCUUCUGCACCUGUUUAAUUAUCUACACUGAAAAUUUCCAUACCUCUGCUUGCAAGACAUUUAACUUAGCUUCCCUGCUAGGAAGGUUUUUGUUGAUGUUCAUUAAGAAAGUGACUGCAGCAGCUUUCCAUUGCUGUUUCUCUGCCCCAAACUGCUGCUUCUGCAGUAGAGAGUCAAUGGAAGAGAAGGUGCUAGUGAAAAUGGGCUUGCAUUUUAGGGUGACAUUUCAGGCCCCCAAGCUGCAGGGCAGCGGUGUCCUAAGCAUCAGUGCUGAGACGGAUGGGAGGUCUUGUACGGAAAUCCAUAGUUCUCUGGAUAUUGCCAUUCAUGCUCUGUCCUAACAGGUUUCAAAGUUCUAGGAAGACAGCAUUGUACACUAUACAAGCAGUUCAUGCUAAUCAUGCUAAAAGCCCUAUUUUUUUUCUCUUUAAAAUAUAAGUAUAUGUGUAUACUGUGCAGAAAUGGUAACUGUGUAGAACGAGAAUUUUGGUGCAGGCAGCUUGCUGUCUAAUGCCCCCAGCAGCAGCCGCCUAGGAGUUUUAGAAUAGAUCUGAAAGGCAGCAACAUAGUCCAAUAUCCAAAUAGAGCUAAAAAUUACCAGUAAAUAAAAAGGACUGCUUCAUCAGUCUGCCUGUUUUAUGGAACUUGCACAUACUCUAACUUGCACAUACUCUAGGAGCAGGAAGAAAGCAGGCACUGAGUAGUGUUAGACAUUCGUAUGCAUGUAAAACAGUAGACCGUGAAGCAGUCUGCAAUGGGGAUGAUGCAGUACUUGCCAUGUAUAUAAGCUGUAUGUAAGCUUUUUUCUUUUUCUCCUGCUUUUCCUAGGAUCCACUACUAGCCCUUUUGAACAAAGGACAACAAAUGUUGCAGUAGCCAAUGGAACAGCCAACAGAGGAAAUAGCCUCAGAGGGAAAAUAAUCAUUUUUGUUUGUGUGAGUAGUGUUAACUAAACUUACAAGAACUACUUAAAACAGAGAAUUUAGCAGUAUAUGUAUCAAAUGCUAUGCUAGAGAUUGAUGAUUAAUCUGUAGCUUUCUUCAAGCCUAGCAUUUGCCGUGCAUCAGUCUGUCUAUCUGGGAUAGGGUCAACUGUGUGAUGUAGUAAGACUAGUAUUUUGCUUCCUGUUAAAACCCACUCCUUCAGCUGAGAUGGAAACCUUUCUCUUGUGCUCCUAAAUGAAUAGGUCCAGAACUUCUCUGGAGAAACUAAACACAGAUGCAGUCCCUUUGCAUUUGCCUGCAGCAGCUGUCUCCUAAACCAUUUACUGCCCUGAAACGGUUUAUCAGAGCCAGGCAUCGAAACAUGUGACAAGUGCAGCAGAUAAAUGGAAGCUGGCCCUUGCCCUUUUGCUGCAAAG